GCUCCGGCGGCCGCGGAGUGAACGGGACCGGCCCGGCCGCAGAGCGCGGGCGGCGGCGGCGGCGGGGACGCGGCGCCUGGCGGAGUUGCGGCGGCACUGCCCGAGGGGACGUGAGGAGGUGGAUGUGGGAAGAGAUUUUUGCAGAACUGAAAUGGAGGUCAGAGCUUCAUUACAGAAGGUUACUGGGUCAUCGGAUUAUGUGGCUACACAGAACAGUGAAGAAUUUGUUUUGGUUCCUCAGCAUGCAGAUGAUACUUCUACAAAAGAUGAAGAAAAACCUGAACUGAAGAUAGUUUCUAAUGAUGAACAAUUGGAAAAAGCCAUGGAAGAGAUUUUGAGAGAUUCUGAGAAAGGGCAAGGCAGCCUUCUUGUGGAUCGUCAAAGUUCCAGUGAGAUUUCAGACCAUUCACUUGGAGGUGUUUCAGCCAGCCAAACAACUAAGCCAUCUCUUCAGUUAAUUUUGGAUCCAUCAAAUACAGAAAUUUCUACUCCCAGGCCAUCUUCUCCAAGUGGAUUGCCAGAAGAAAAUAGUGUUUUAUUUAACAAACUGACCUACUUAGGAUGUAUGAAGGUUUCUUCCCCACGUAAUGAAGUGGAGGCUUUACGGGCAAUGGCAACUAUGAAAUCUUCGAGUCAGUACCCCUUUCCUGUUACUCUGUAUGUGCCAAAUGUCCCAGAAGGUUCUGUAAGAAUCAUAGAUCAGUCCAGCAAUAUGGAGAUAGCAUCUUUUCCAAUCUAUAAGGUGCUGUUCUGUGCACGUGGACAUGAUGGGACAACAGAGAGCAAUUGCUUUGCAUUUACAGAGAGUUCCCAUGGUUCAGAAGAAUUUCAGAUACACGUUUUCACCUGUGAAAUUAAAGAGGCAGUAAGCAGAAUUUUAUAUAGUUUCUGUACAGCAUUCAAACGUUCUUCUAGACAAGUUUCUGAUGUUAAAGACUCAGUUAUUCCUACCCCCGACAAUGAUGUGUUUACCUUCAGUGUCUCCUUGGAGGUAAAAGAAGAUGAUGGAAAAGGAAACUUUAGUCCUGUGCCUAAGGACAGAGAUAAAUUUUAUUUCAAAUUGAAGCAAGGAAUAGAGAAGAAGGUAGUGAUUACAGUGCAGCAACUUUCUAACAAAGAAUUAGCUAUUGAAAGAUGUUUUGGAAUGUUAUUAAGCCCAGGUCGAAACGUGAAGAACAGUGACAUGCAUUUACUGGAUAUGGAAUCCAUGGGAAAAAGCUAUGAUGGGAGGGCUUAUGUUAUCACUGGCAUAUGGAACCCUAAUGCACCCAUAUUUCUGGCACUUAAUGAAGAAACCCCAAAAGAUAAACGAGUGUACAUGACGGUGGCAGUGGAUAUGGUGGUCACGGAGGUGGUGGAGCCUGUCCGCUUUCUCCUGGAGACAGUAGUGCGUGUAUACCCUGCAAAUGAGCGGUUCUGGUAUUUCAGCAGAAAGACUUUCACGGAGACUUUCUUCAUGAGGUUGAAACAGACUGAGGGAAAAGAUCACACCAGUGCUGGAGAUGCAAUAUAUGAGGUGGUGAGUCUACAGAGAGAGUCUGAGAAGGAGGAACCUGUCACUCCUACUAGUGGAGGGGGCCCAAUGUCACCCCAGGAGGAUGAAGCAGAAGAGGAGAGUGAUAAUGAACUCUCAAGUGGAACAGGUGAUGUAUCUAAGGAUUGUCCUGAGAAGAUCCUGUAUUCCUGGGGAGAAUUGCUAGGAAGAUGGCACAAUAACCUUGGUGCACGACCGAAAGGACUGUACCCGCUGGUGAAGAGUGGCGUCCCUGAAGCUCUGAGGGCAGAGGUAUGGCAGUUGUUAGCAGGCUGUCAUGACAACCAGGCAAUGCUGGAUAUAUACCGAGUUCUCAUCACAAAGGAUUCCGCCCAGGAGAGUGUUAUCACUCGAGACAUUCAUCGGACGUUCCCUGCACAUGAUUACUUUAAGGACACAGGAGGAGAUGGCCAGGAAUCGCUCUACAAGAUCUGCAAGGCCUAUUCUGUCUACGACGAAGACAUUGGGUACUGCCAAGGACAGUCUUUUCUUGCUGCUGUAUUGCUUCUGCAUAUGCCAGAAGAACAAGCAUUCUGUGUUUUGGUGAAAAUCAUGUAUGACUAUGGUUUACGAGAUCUCUACAAAAACAAUUUUGAAGAUCUUCAUUGCAAAUUUUAUCAGUUGGAGAGACUAUUGCAGGAGCAGCUACCGGACCUGCACAGCCAUUUUUGUGACCUUAACCUGGAGGCCCAUAUGUAUGCUUCACAGUGGUUUCUCACUCUUUUCACCGCCAAGUUCCCGCUCUGCAUGGUCUUCCACAUCAUUGACUUACUGCUCUGUGAGCGUUUGAAUAUAAUCUUUCAUGUAGCCUUGGCUCUUCUAAAGACCUCAAAGGAAGAUCUUCUGCAGGCUGAUUUUGAAGGGGCUUUAAAGUUCUUCAGAGUUCAGCUUCCAAAGAGAUACAGGGCAGAGGAAAAUGCAAGAAGAUUGAUGGAGCAGGCUUGUAAUAUUAAGGCAAAGAUCCCAGGUCUUAUGGACCUUACUUUCUUGCAUAAGGAAAUAGUAUCGACCAAGAAGCUGAAGAAGUAUGAGAAGGAAUAUCAGACAAUGCGCGAGAGUCAGCUGCAGCAGGAGGACCCCAUGGACAGAUACAAGAGGGAGAACCGGAGAUUACAGGAGGCCAGCAUGAGGCUGGAACAAGAGAAUGAUGACCUCGCCCAUGAACUUGUAACCAGCAAGAUUGCUCUGCGGAAUGACUUGGAUCAGGCAGAAGACAAGGCAGACGUGUUGAAUAAGGAGCUCCUGUUGACCAAGCAGAGGCUGGUGGAGACCGAGGAAGAGAAGAGGAAGCAGGAGGAAGAGACAGCUCAGCUAAAAGAAGUCUUCAGGAAACAGCUAGAGAAGGCAGAAUAUGAAAUAAAGAAGACUACAGCUAUCAUUGCCGAGUACAAACAGAUCUGUUCCCAGUUGAGCACCAGACUGGAGAAACAGCAAGCAGCCAGCAAGGAGGAGUUGGAGGUGGUAAAGGGUAAAAUGAUGGCCUGUAAGCACUGCAGUGACAUUUUCAGCAAGGAGGGCGCUCUGAAGCCAGCAGCCAUAAGCAGAGAGGACCAGGGGAUUGAAUCAGAUGAUGAGAAGGACUCACUUAAGAAGCAACUGAGGGAGAUGGAGCUGGAAUUGGCACAAACCAAACUGCAGCUGGUGGAGGCCAAGUGUAAAAUCCAGGAACUUGAACAUCAGAGAGGGGCCCUCAUGAAUGAAAUCCAAGCUGCGAAAAACUCUUGGUUUAGCAAAACCCUGAACUCUAUCAAAACGGCCACAGGCACCCAGCCGCUGCCACCACCACAGAGCACCCAGCCGCCCAAAGAGAGCACAUAGUUCCCGCCUCAGCCCAGCACAAGAGCACAACGAUCAAAGCAACGGAGACCCUGAGGACUCUCCUAGGGGCCCCUUUGAAGAAAGGAAGUAAAGGAGGCCAGGAAGCAAGCCUGCUCUUUCAGUGGCUCUCACUCUUUCUUGUUUGCCACUUUCAAAGGGAUAUUAUUGAAACUGACCUGGUUUAUGUUGAAUACCUGUUUUUAAGCUUCUUCUUGGAAGGCCAUGUUCAGAUCCAUCUUAGUAUUACCCACUAUUUUACAUGCCUGCUAUUUAGUUGGAAAUCAGUAAUUCAGAACUACAUGCUUUUUUUUAUUGAGAACUAACUGUUCAUAUUGUUUAUCUUACAUGAAAAUGGAGAUGUCUUUUAUUCCAAGGUUGAAGUGAUAAGACGGUAUUUGCCACACAAAAAGAAACUAAAAUCCAAAACUCUUAGCUUUCCAGGAUUUAUUCAGGUAAAGCACACUGUGGGGCUGGUCAGGACCACUGUCAGCUUCCUCCUGAAAGUGAUGUCCUGGAGAGCAGUGCCCUGUUGGAGGGAAGGACAGGCCUGGGAUUGAACAGUCCCUAAAGCAAGUUAGUUUAUUUCAUUUUAUGUUGGGUGCAUCUAGAAAGGAAGUGCCAAGAACCAUAGGAUAAGUUAGGCUGUUGAGAAGUCACACUAGAGAAAAGGAACCGAGAUUUCGAUAAACACAGGAAGAAAUAAAUCACUUUGACCCUGGUGUUCUAACAGGUCCUUUUAAGAACUCCACACAGGAAUUGCAAGGUCCUAAAUAUGAACACAGUUGUGCGUGCUGGCAAACGUCAAGUCGAAGUGGACAUUGCGAAUUGUAGCCUUAGGAAACCUUCACCAGAAAAGCCUAGAAAGAUCUAGGUUUAGCCACUGUGUUCAGAAACAGGGACAGAGAAUGUCAUUUAAUAUUGACAUGCUUGCUAAGGAAACACUAACAUACUGUAACUUUGUCAAAGUUAUGAAAUGGGGAAAUGGAUGUCAGCUUCAUAUCAUCUUAGUUUAAUCUUGGACAGUUUUUUUUAUUUCUAUAGCUCCCCAAAAAUGUGCCCUUGGUACUCCUAGAUGAGGCUGCAAAUGCAUUUGUAACAUUUUUGAUUGAAUAUGAAACCUUUAUAGAAAUACUUAUCUCAUGGAAGGGUAAAGAAAACUAUUGUUUAAAAGUUGAUGGAAGUAUUUUUUCUAUUAUAUUUAACAUGUAUAUAUCAAUAGUCCUCACAGGAAAUCCUUUGGUAAGGGCCAAGCAAAUUUUACCAUUUCCUAAGCUUUUUUGGCAGCUUUUGGUCUUUUCCACCAACCCAACUACUGUCAGUAACAUUUACUGAUACUCAUUCUUGGCUUCCUUGUUGAACAUAUUCUUUGCAAAUGAUCUUAACCUCUGUGUCGCCAGAGUGAUUCUCAUCUGUGCCAUAUGGUACAAUUAAAAAUAACACACUCCUGGAGAUAAAGAUCAAGUAACAGUCAUCUUGACCAGGAGCACACACUACAAUUUGCUUCCCUCUAAAAUGGUCAUUAAACUCUAAAAAAUGAAGUCCCUUCAUCAGUGUUUAUAGGCUUGCUACACUCAUGAAAUAAUACUUUCUUACAGCAUUUCUUUUUUGGGUCCUGACAUCUUUCAUCAUUAUAUUCAUUUCCUUUUACCAAAAAUGAAAAUAAGCCAGCAUUCCAGUGUCUAUGUUGACUUUAACAUUCCCUACAUGGUGGUUUAGAAAACCUAAUAUUUUUAUUUUUAUUUUUGUAAAAUAUAAUGGCUAGAGAAUUGCUUAUCGGUUCUUGUUUCUAUAAAUCAUUUAAUAUAAUUUGUUAGCUUUAUUGAUACUUUAUGCUUUGAUACCAAGAAGCCUUGUACAAGUUGCCUUAUCAAAUGGCCAACUAAAUUAAUGAUGUUCUUUUCUGUUUUGUGAAUCUUGUAGAUCUACUAUAUCUGUAUAGUUUUUUUAACUUCCAAAAAUUGGCACAUUCCACAGAAUGACUAAAUUGCAUGAUUUUCCUUAAAUAGGGAGAAAUAGAAUGGUUCUAGAUCCAGUCUUUUUCUGAAAACCUGGUCAAAUUUCAUUUUUUUUCUUUAAACAAAAUCACCAAGUAUAUACAUUCCAAAUGUUUAAUAAAUUAGUAUUUUGCAUUUUCUUUUUAAAGAUUAUAAUGGUAAUCUACAGAUUUUUUUUCUUUUCCAGUUCCAUAUCAUAUUUGAGUAUGUUUUGGUGCCAUAAGUUUAAACUUUUUCACUGCAAUGCCUUUGGGUCAGAAGCAAUAGUAAAGAUAGAAAGAAAAUUCAAAAUAUGGCAUAUGAUAUGAUUAUUCAAACAAUAUGUUAUAACAGCAUUAUCCCAAACUACAUGUCCUUCACCGUCUGUUGAUUAAAACUCAUGCAUCCUAGGAUUCACUGCUAGUUUUAAUUUCACUUAUUUUGAAGUGUAUUUGAGAAUUGCUUUUUUUCCUUGAUUCCUUUAGAAAGAGAUUAGCCUAAAUAUCCAGGAAAUUUUCAGAUAUUAUAGUGUGUUCUUCAUCUUUUCCUAGAACACAUUAUCUAAAACAUUCAUCCAGAACCUAACAUUUGCAACAUUCUGAAAAGAGAUUACUUCUCUUUUCAUUAAAUUCUGCAAAAUAAAUGAAGGGAAUGAACUUCAACUUGAUUAUUCAAUUCAGUAGCUUUUAUAUCUUGAAAAUCUUAUUUAACACGUAAUUUAAAGCUGAAAGAAACCAGGCUGAAUUUUGCAGUGCAUAAUUUGCUAGCUACCCACAUUCUGAACCAUGGCACAAUUUGGUUAUAUUUAGUUGCAUAUAAUUAAAUGAAACACACACACACACACACACACACACACACAGUUACCUAAUGUUCUGUAUAUGAGAGCCUUUCAGAAACUCUAUUAGGCAUACCAUACAGGCCUAUAUUAACAUACAGCCAAUACCUGUGUUCUCCUCUCCUGGCUAUUAAGUUGGCAGUUUCUUCUUCAUUGGCUUUCUUAAACUUCCAUAGUAAAUAGAAGAGCAGUCUUUGUACUGACGUUGGGAUAUUUAAUCAUAUUUGUCUUAGUUCAUUUAUUCAAAGUUUUUGUUCUUUCAUACUAUAUAUUAUUUAUUUAUUCUCUAUCUCCUACUCUAUUUUCUUAAACUACUUUCUAGUUAAGAACUACCGUAGUGGCUUCAUUUCCCAGCCAAAGUGAGUGAAACAAGAGAAUACACAAGAGAUGAGGAAUCCUUAAAAGGGUUGAUUAGGUAUUGCAGAUGAGAAUCACAUGUAACUGAGGUAAGGGGCUGUUUUCUUUUUCUUUAGCUGAAAUCACUCUCCUAUUCUGCUAAGGUGGGUAUCUGAUUUCAGGACCCCUUGAAGGGACAAAAGAGCUUUUUAAAAAAAUUAAAUACCUUGUUUUAUCUCUCUUGAAAAGGACACUUAAUAAGAUGAUUCUAUUGUAUAACUUUUAAAAACAAUACUUACAAAAGCUCUGAUUCUCUUGCUUCCGUUAUAAAUAAAUGAGAAAACGGACAAACUAUUGUUUGAAAAGUUAGACUUGUGUGUGUGAAAUUUUAUAGAGUGUCCCUGACUCUUGUAUACCCAGGUACCAUGCACCUAAAUACAUACAUAGCAAUUGAAUACCGAAGGGCUGGUAACGGCUCAAUGGCCUGUUAACUACCGGGUGUAAAGCUCUUGCCCUCGAGUUGGAGUUGCCAGGCUCAUGGUUACAUUGAACUAGAACUGCUCCGAAACAUCCUUCCUCUCUCAUAGUGGCUUCUGUACAAUAAAGGCAAAGCCCUUUACCUUAGGAAUUCCUUGUCUUUCAAAAGCUACCAAAAUGAAAACUUCAGUGGGGCUGCACCUCAAUAGGAGAUGGUCUUGAGUUGUAAUGAGAAAGUGAAUGUUUACAAGUAGGAAGUGACUCCAGUCAGCGGUCAGGAGUCCCCUUCUCAACUUCCACCUAAAAGACUACAUGUCCAGCUUAUCUCCAAUGAAUUUGUUGCCUGCUGUACAAACAUCUUCAUUGUGUCCCGUUCUCCCUACCUCCAUCCCAGGUUUACCAUCAGUGUAUUCUGAAACACUUAAGAAAAAAAGAAUCACUGAGUAGAAAAUGAACAUUUUAAGUUCCUUUUGUUUUCAUUGGCAGUAAGUUAACAUGUAAAAUCUUUUCCAUUGUAACAUAAGUAUAUAUUAUAUAUGGAAUAAAAUAUAGGAAACUGAAUUAUAAGGCUACAAAUGCAUCAAGACUCUGGUAUCAUGAAAGCACAAGAAUAAAGCUGGAGAUGGUCUCAGAAUCCAAGAUGUCCCAAUAGCCUUUUACAUCCGUUUAUUUUUGGUAUUUUGCAUAAUAUAUGGAUCCUUAAUUCAAAUGAAAGAAAAGAGUUUCUCAGUCAGCCCCACUUCCUUUCUUUCAACUCCUACUUUUCCUUUGUUGAGGAGGUAGUAGAAAUUAUAUAACAUCUAUUUUCAGGAAUAGCAUAGUUUUUGUCCGUGGUUUCUCUAAUGAAAACAGGUUCUGGGAUAAAGGAGUCCAUUGGCCCUGACAGUGCUAAUUGACCACAAAAGAAAUAUUAGUGAGCAGCCUCUCCUAUAAACACUGACCAAUUAGAUGUUUCCAUAAUUCCAUGUAUUAUGCAUAGUACACUCCAUAAAUGUAAAUGUAAUGCUUGUUAAGAAAAGUGCAAUUUAUUGUACAUUGUCCCCAAAAUGUUUACUUUUAUAAUCGUUAUGAACUUGAAUUGGACUAGUAGCUUGUUUUCAUGUGUGAAUGGAGCCUUGUGAAAUAAACAAAUGCAACCCAGAAGGUAACACAGGUGACUGUUUUUGUGAUCCAGUGAUGUUUUCAAUGCUUUGUGUUGCCCCUUUGGCCCCAUUAAGCAGUAAUAAACAUUUGUUCCCAAGUCCA